UUUUGGUAGUGCGUGUGUGUGUGUGUGUGUUUUAUUUUCUCAUCACACAGAAAAGGCUGGCAAAACAAAACACAAAACCAUCUGUGGUGGUCGUUUUUUACUCGUGGCCAUUCUGCAACUUCUACUCAUUCGACUGUGUUCGACGGCUCAGUGUUGUCUAAUAUACCAAUCCAAAGGACUACGGAUUGUUUGCAUCGAUCUGCAAACGUACCACUUGAGUAAGGCAACACAACCGGAAAGAGAGCAACGACCGCCGCGCGGUGAAGGAAACGACAACCUUCCAAUCUCACACCCGGAAGGAAGAAUGGUGUGCGUGCCGUGCUUCAUCGUGCCCGUGCUGCUCUACCUGUGGCACAAGUUCGUGCAGCCGCUCCUGCUCAAGUACUGGAACCCCUGGGAGAAGAAGGAUGCGGACGGCAACGUGAUCAAGACGGAGCCGAAAAAUCCGUUCGACUGUGCCGGGGGGGUGUGCCGGUGGGCAGGCAAGAAGACAACUGCGCCACCCGGUCACGACCCGGUGGGCCCGACGGUCGCCGCCGAUACCGCAACCUCCGACACUGCCGAUGAUGCUGCCAGCAGCAAGAAGACGCUAUAGAUAGACGCGAUGGUCGAUUUACUUGCUCGACUUAAACUUCCCCAAACCCCCCGUUCCCGGACUAGCAAACGCAUCGGUGGGUGCACCGCAUCUGUGCACAUAUGUAUUUUCAUGUGCUCCCCGCAUGAGUCAUCUACCGCGUGUCUACCUUUGCUGAGCAUUGGCGGGCGUAUGAAGUGAGAAGACGAUGUAGGGGGGCCACCGGAAACCAUCAACCAUUCAGCAACAUUCGAAAGCAAUCAAACCGACUAUUAGUAGCUCUGUUGGAUGAAGUCAUGAGUCAUGACCGAUUAAAUAUCGAAUCAUGCCUAGCGGGCAGCACAGCAAAAACUGCCACUUUCCCGUACCGUGUGAUAACCGAUGGAGCCGUUGGUUGCAGUUGCCGUUAGCAAAUAGCGGUGAAUCAAGGUUUUGUUCAUGUUUUAUUUCGAUUAAAAGGAGCGUUUAAAUUUUAAAUACAUUCGUACAGCCACCGCAAACCA